ACGUGAAGGCACCCCGGUCUGGCGGUGACGUCACCUCUGAGCUGGACGGACAGCUGAAAGGCGGACUGCUGUUGAAGUUUUGUUUUCGUCGCGUUUGUCUCACGUUUGAACGUUUCGCCGAUAUUUCCGCUGACUUGGAAGCUCGCGCGUCGCCUCUACGUCACGCCUCAGUGCGGGAUCCUGCAAACAUGAAAUGGAUGUUUAAGGAGGACCAUUCCCUUGAGCACCGAUGUGUGGAGUCAGCCAAAAUACGCAACAAAUACCCCGACAGAGUACCGGUGAUCGUGGAGAAGGUCUCCGGCUCUCAGAUAGUGGACAUUGAUAAGAGGAAGUACCUGGUGCCCUCUGACAUCACCGUGGCGCAGUUCAUGUGGAUCAUCAGGAAACGCAUCCAGCUGCCUUCAGAGAAAGCCAUCUUCCUCUUCGUCGACAAAACUGUCCCUCAGUCCAGUCUGACGAUGGGCCAGCUGUAUGACAAAGAGAAAGAUGAGGACGGCUUCCUGUACGUGGCCUACAGCGGAGAAAACACGUUUGGUUUCAGAGCCUUUUAUACAGCACAAGCUUAACCCACCACGGUGCUUCAGACAUCGGCCUUUACCUGAGUUACUUCAGUAAUGCAGCUACACCUUUGGCACCGUCAGUUUUUGAUAGUGAAAACAAGUCAUUUAUGUUUAAAAUGAGAAACACUGUUUUUUGCCAUUUAAG